AGCUGUUCCGCUAGGUGGUGAGCACCUUUUCAGUGCUGCAGACGGCAGGUACCGUUCUGAGAUAGCCGCUCUCAAUAAGAAGAGCUAGUAGUAACCCWUAGACAGUUAGAGUAGCAGAAACACUUUGAUGAGUUUACUUACAGGCAGCUGCAGACAAGGAAGUGUGUUUACAGUUAAUGUGCAGCUGCUGAUGUUUURCCUUCCCCCCUAAAGUUGUGGGAUACUUGUGACUUCUUACAGAUGGAGGCUAGAUGGUGCAGGGUGAGCACACUGCUCGUUGUCAGCACAGGAUGGGACUGAAGUGCCAGAGUAGACUACAAAGGUGCUACUUGUUCUCUGUGUCUCCUGUCUCAUCCCCUGGCUCCUAAGCCUCUUCACAUUGGGUUUGUCACGCAGCCCAGAGCCACUUAGUAUUCAGGGCUGAAACAGUGCUGUAAUCAGAUGGAUGUCAUCACUGCUCAUCACUGCURUCCUGUCUCCUCCAUCUCAGUGGAAAGUGAAAUGCGGGACUGACUACUGUGGUGACCCUCUCUUCUGUUUGAUCCUUGACCUUUGAACUGGGACCUGUGUUCUGUGCUCCAGGCGAUGAGGUGGCAUAUCUCCGCUCUGCAUAAUCUUGGAAACGUUCUGGAAACAUUGUUGACACAGUUUUAGGCCUCCUAGUUGUGUUGAUGUUUCGAAGCAAGCUUAGACUAAACAGACAGCUGUCCCUUUUACCCUUGAUCAGUCUAUUGAAACUAACAACCUAAGCCAUAUCUCCUGAUUUGAGAGCACACUUUUCUGAAGUAAUACACACACCUCAAGUUUCCUGUAUCCUGGUCCUGGAAGCUGAAGCGUGAGUCGCCAUGGCGACAGACUCUCCCAACCCAUCCCUGAGGUCCAGAGUUACCAUGACGACGGACGACGACUCCUACAUGAGCACGGCCAGCCUCCCCUGCUGCCACUUCCUGUCCYCCAAUGUCCUCAACGUUGUGGAGAAGUGCAUGAGCUCCAUGCAGACAGGGACCCAGAUGGUGAAGCUCCGCGGCGGCUCCAAGGGACUGGUGCGCUACUUCUACCUGGACCAACACAAGUCCUGCAUCCGCUGGCGGCCUUCUCGCAAGAACGAGAAGGCCAAGAUCUCCAUCGACUCCAUCCGAGAGGUGUGCGAGGGCAAGCAAUCUGAGAUCUUCCAGCGCUACUCUGAGGGCAGCUUCGACCCCAACCGCUGUUUCAGCCUGUAUUAUGGCGAGCGCUUGGAGUCCCUGGAUCUAGUGUCCAGCACGGGCGAGGAAGCYCGCACCUGGAUCACUGGCCUCAAGUACCUGGUGGCGGGCAUCAGCGACGAGGACAGCCUGGCCAAGKGGCAGCGCACCCGUGAUCAGUGGCUGAAGCAGACAUUUGCGGAGGCGGAUAAGAACGGCGAUGGCAGCCUGAGCAUCAGCGAGGUCCUGCAGCUCCUCCAUAAACUCAACGUCAACCUACCCCGCCAGAAAGUCAAGCAGAUGUUCAAGGAGGCAGACACAGAUGACAACCAGGGCACCCUGGACUUCGAGGAGUUCUGCUCCUUCUACAAGAUGAUGUCGACACGCCGCGAUCUCUACUUGCUCAUGCUCACCUACAGCAACCACAAGGACCACCUGGACAGCAUCGACCUGACCCGCUUCCUGGAGGUGGAGCAGAAGAUGACCAAGGUGACCAAAGACCAUUGCCUUGAGAUUGUGAACAAAUUUGAGCCCUGCUCCGAGAACCAGAAGCAGGGAGUUCUGGGUAUUGAUGGUUUCACCAGCUACAUGCGCAGCCCGGCGGGGGACAUCUUCAACCCGGAGCACUACGAGGUGACCCAGGACAUGUCGCAGCCGCUCUGCAACUACUUCGUCGCCUCCUCCCACAACACCUACCUGAUGGGSGACCAGCUCAUGUCCCAGUCCCGCGUCGACAUGUACGCCUGGGUGCUGCAGGCCGGCUGCCGCUGCGUGGAAGUGGACUGCUGGGACGGGCAGGACGGAGAGCCCAUCGUGCACCACGGUUACACGCUCACCUCCAAGAUCCUCUUCAGAGACGUCAUCGAGACCAUCAACAAGUACGCCUUUUUGAAAAACGACUACCCAGUGAUCCUGUCCAUAGAGAACCACUGCAGCGUCCCCCAGCAGAAGAAGAUGGCCCAGUACCUGGUGGAGGUGAUGGGAGAAAAGCUGGACCUCUCAGCCGUCAAGGCAGACGAACAGGGCCACCUGCCCUCCCCAGACACCCUCAAAGGGAAGAUCCUCGUCAAGGGCAAGAAGCUCCCGCCGAACAUCGACGAAGACAACGAGGAGGGCGACGUGACGGAUGAAGACAGCGCAGACGAGAUGGAGGACGACUGCAAAUUGAUGAACGGAGAUACAUCCAUGACCAGGAAGCAGGUAGAGAACGUGGCUAAGAAGAAGCUGGACAACCUGCUGAAGGAGUCCAAGAUCCGCGACCGCGAGGACCCAGACAGCUUCACCAUCGCCACACUGUCCCCCACCAAGCCCACCGAUCAGUCAGCCUCCAAGGGCAAAGGUGAUGAUGAUGCAGACACAGGGGACGAAGCCAACCCCAGCACCAACAAGCGUCUAGGCAGGAGCUUCAUGGGAAGUUUCUCCAAACGCAAGAAAAAGGCGGCCAAGCUGAAGAAGACCAACAGCCUUGAGGACACUGACACGGACCAGGAGAGCACCAGCAUGGCCUCCCGCGCUCCCUUACACCACAUCAGGAAGAAGAAGACCAUGAAGCUGUCCAGGGCRCUGUCAGACCUGGUCAAAUACACCAAGUCAGUGGGCGUCUCCGACAUAGAGACACAAGUCACGAGCUCCAGUUGGCAGGUGUCUUCUCUAAGCGAGACCAAGGCCCACCAGAUCAUGCAACAGAAAGCCGCCACCUUCAUCCACUUCAACCAGCGGCAGCUCUCACGCAUCUACCCCUCCUCCUACCGUGUGGACUCUUCCAACUUCAACCCACAGCCCUUCUGGAAUGCUGGAUGCCAUCUGGUGGCGUUGAACUACCAGUCGGAGGGGAGAGUGCUCCAGCUGAACCGAGCCAAGUUCAACAGCAACGGCAACUGUGGUUACAUCCUAAAGCCGGCCUGCAUGUGUGAAGGUGUCUUUAACCCUAUGAUGGAGGACCCGUUGCCGGGGCAGAUGAAGAAACAACUGGUSCUGAAGAUCAUCAGUGGGCAYCAGCUGCCCAAGCCCAAAGACUCCAUGCUGGGGGACAGAGGAGAGAUUAUCGACCCCUUUGUGGAGGUGGAGAUCAUUGGUCUGCCAGUGGACUGCUGUAAGGAACAAACCAGGGUGGUGGAUGACAAUGGCUUUAACCCCAUGUGGGAGGAGACUCUGGUGUUCACGCUGCACAUGCCCGAGCUGGUGCUGGUCCGUUUCCUGGUGUGGGACCACGACCCUAUCGGCCAGGACUUCAUUGGCCAGCGCACCAUUGCCUUCAACAGCAUGAUACCAGGUUUUCGCCACGUGUAUUUGGAAGGUAUGGAGGAGGCUUCCAUCUUUGUUCAUGUGUCUGUGCAUGACAUCACUGGUAAGGGCAAGGUGGCCAGCGGCAUAAAAGGGCUGUUUCACAGAAACCCAAAGCAGGCUUCUCUCGACAGCCAUGUUGCUGCACAGCUCAGCCGUAAGCACCCGUUCGGAGCCCACCUGCUGCGCCGCACGGCCAGCGAGCCCACUAAGGGCGAGCCCAAGGUCAAGAAGGGUUUCCCAGAGAUCGCCAUCGACACCAAAGACUACAGCUCGGAAGGGGCCAGCGAGGACCGGGAGUCAGACGACAGGGAUCUCAGCGCCUCAUCCCAGCCCCCGCAGSUCCACCAGCGCAACGGAGACGCCACGGACGCAGCUGCUCCCGCCACGCCACGCCAAGGCACCAACGGGCACCACAGCACCAACGGGGCUUUCAACCCUGAUGAGGGCAAAGACCAUUCCACAGGGCAGAGACCAGCUCCCCCUCUUUCACUGUUCAGGCCAAUCGCUGAAGAACUGGGUGACAGACAUCUCACUCGCUCCGCUUCUACUCCAGCAGACCACUCAUCAACACGUCACUCCCCACUUCCGCCCCUCCCUCCAGCCACAGCAAUAACCACCACCACUCCAUCCCCUGCUUCUAAUAGUGAGGCMGACAGUCCCGUCAACGGUAGGGGGGAGGAGAGUCCCGUCAAGGAAAGGGGGGUCAGCAAAAUACCCCCUGUCCUUCACAGGACCACCUCAGCCCCUGUCGUACCCGUCCCGGGGAAGAGACCGGACCCCAAAGACCUGACCCCCUCACAGUCCUGCAGAGACCCCCGGGUCGACAACGGCGCCUCGUCACCCAUGGAGCACGCUCCAAGCCGAACGGAAGCACUGUAUACUCCGACAGACCACACAAAGGACGAUGCCGAGCGCAAGACUGAGACAAGGGCAGAGUCUCCUGCUCUUCUCGCCGACCACUCUGUCUCCAGCCCUCAGAAAGUCCAGGUCCUGAGAACGAUGUUCGGCGGCAACCCGUCACGCACGCCCGUCAGAAGGACCAAAAGCGAGGGCUACGUGCGGUCGGCGGCUGGGGGGCAGCAGCAGGCAUCUGCCGUGCCGGAGGUGUGCACAGACGCCACCCUGAAUGACCGGCUGUGGAGCAAGCUGGAGCCCGAGCCAGGCAACCACCGAGACAGCGUGUCCUCGUCCUCCAGUAUCUCGUCCAACGACACCGUCAUUGAUCUGUCCCUGCCCAACCUGGCCAGGAAGAGCCUCACCUGCCUGAACAGCGGGCCCUCCCCAUCUGACAACACCUUCCAGGACCCACCCUCCUGGGUCACCAGGCCACGCUCGGCCAUCACCUCUUUUGACACGCUGCGGGUCAGCAAGAGCAAGUCCAACCCCAACCUCCGGCAGGGCCACCCGGGGGAGCCAGAGGACGAGCUGCAGCCCAGACCCCUCGGAGCCCCCAGGGAGCCUCCAGUGGACUCACCCAGUAGAAUUACCCAGAGGAGGCACACCUGGAGCCGCCUCUAUAUGGAAGGGCUGAAGCAGUCCUCCUCCCCAGCCAAGAAGCCCUCUGCAGCAGCAGUCCUUGCUGCUGCAGCUGCCAGCCCCCUGGAUACCGGAGCCUCUAUGUCCAAGAGCCUGGGGGACUUGACUUCGGAUGACAUCGCUUGCAAUUUUGACAGCAAGUACCGCAGCAUCAGCCGCAGCUUCAUCGUCAGGCCCUCCAGGAACGAUCCUCGACGAGGUCUCCAGAGGCCCCGGCCGCCAAGCGACCUGACAGAGCAGCUGAGGAGGCUGACAGAUGUGGAGCCCCUGACGGCACGUGACUUCGCCACCCAGGCACAGCAGGAGUCCCCGGAGGAGGCUCAGGAGGAACCCCCACUACGGAGAAUGUCCUCCCGGAGUCAGAGCAGGGUGCGCUACAUCGCCAACAGGGCCAAGGAGGCCCAGGAAAGGAAGAGGCUGCAAGGUCUCAACCAGCCCCACCUAGCUGCCGGCGCCAUUAGCAUUUUCGGAGGCGGUAGCCCUAUUGAAGAGCGGGGUAACCCGGAGGGGGCGUGCUGCGUAGCCCAGAGCCCCUGCACUAGCUUGGACCUGUUAAGCCAGCUCAGCCCCCCGGGGCCGCCCCCCAACAGACAGUCCCAGACACAGUCCCAGACCUCCCCGAACUCUGACAACAAUGAGGUCUUUUUCAUGCUCAAGCUCUGAGAAUCAGAUUUKUUUUGGACCGGACCGUGAGAGACACUGAAGCAAAACUAAUUUAGAAUUCCAUCCAGUUUUCUAGGAAGGGGAAAUUGUCAUUUAUAAAGAAAGGGAAUUCUGUAUAUAUUGACAGGAUGCAUUUUUAAAUGUGUUUAAUCAAUCCCUYAAUAAUGCUACUUCUUCCAGAAACUUACAGUCACAAGCACAGUUUUACUCUGGUCAAUGUUUUAUUUUCACUGCUCAGUAACUCACCUAUAAACUUUGAACAACUAUACGCCAAGCUGGUCACAAAGGAUGUGCAAGUAAUUUUUCCAACAAAGUGACCACACGUACACACAAAUAAUAGAAACAGUGGUGAGCUGUCUUAUGAAAGCAUCCUUUACCAAUACAGUCAUUUGUUUGCACCAAAUUAGUAAUACUGAAAUGUAARUGGAAAAACAAAUCUCUACAAUAGUUUUUAUAUGCUUGACUGUUCAGUGACUUCCACGUUUUGAGUAUUCAUUGUGAGUUGAGCUGAUCCCAAAGUAGCAAUAGACAACCAUUAGUGGAGU